AUGGAUCCUCCGGCCAAAUUCGUCGCACCUUUACCAGUGAACUCGGAGGGACGCCCAAGCAUAAGCCGCCUUCUCAUUGCCAACAGAGGCGAAAUUGCGUGUCGCAUAAUAAACACUUGCAGGAAGCUCAAUGUGACUUCAGUUGCCAUUUACGUUGACGAAGACGAUACAUCACAACACAUCACAUCAGCGAAUGAGUCCGUUGGCCUCGGCUCGAUAGACCAGCCCGGUGGCAACCCUUACCUCAACAUUGACCUCAUUGUCCGUGUUGCAGUAGAGAACAGAGUCGAUGCCAUUCACCCUGGGUAUGGGUACCUAAGUGAGAAUGCCGCCUUUGCCACGGCGGUCCGCGAUGCAGGCAUCACAUUUGUAGGGCCCAGUCCAAGUGCCAUGGAGACACUGGGCGACAAGAGAUCGGCAAAGGCACAUCUCCGGGCCCACGAGCCAUCGGUUCCUCUCAUCCCGGGGUUUGCAGGGACAAGUCAGGAGCCUGCCGAGCUGGAAAGGCUAGCGGACGAGAUUGGCUAUCCCGUCAUGCUCAAGGCCUCUGCCGGCGGUGGCGGCAAGGGCAUACGCAUCGUACAAGAACGCGGCCAACUGCGCGCAGAGCUGGAAACGGCACGGUCCGAAGCUGCUCGGUAUUUCGGCUCGAGCGACUGCAUACUGGAAAAGUACAUUGAGCAAGGCAAACACAUUGAGAUUCAGAUCAUGGGAGACGGCUAUGGAAAUGUCGUGUCUCUCGGGGAACGCGACUGCUCCGUACAAAGGCGACACCAAAAGGUCAUUGAGGAGGCGCCAUCGCCGUGGUUGAACGACGCGAAGCGCAAAGAGAUGAGCAAUGUCGCAGUGACAAUUGGCAGACUUCUCAAUUACGAGAACGCAGGCACCGUUGAGUUUGUCUUUGACGUGGCCACGGGCAAUUUCUACUUCUUGGAGGUCAACACGCGACUGCAGGUUGAGCACCCCAUCACAGAAGAGGUUACGAGGCUUGAUAUUGUCUCCUUGCAGCUCUUUGUUGCAGGCGGAGGCGACUUGACAACGCUUGAGCCGCUUCAGCAAGUAAAGUCUACGGGCCAUGCGAUUGAGUGUCGACUGUGCGCUGAGAGUCCGCAACGCGAUUUCUACCCUGGGCACGGCAUCGUCCGGCUCUGGAGGCCUGCCACAGACCAUGGCGAGGUUUCUGCCACGAGCUCUGUCAGAUUCGAGACGGGAAUCAAAACUGGUUCUCGCAUCUCGAUCCACUUCGACUCCAUGAUUGCCAAAAUCGUCGUCUGGGAACCGACGCGCGCCCUGGCCCGGGCCAAGAUGAUACAGGUUCUCGCGGACACGGCCUGCGUUGGCGUUGGGACGAAUCAGUUAUUCCUACAAAGCUGCCUACUGCACGAAACGUUUUCGAAUCCAGCCUACACCACCUCCUUCAUUCCUGACAACUUGUCGUGUCUCUUGUCGUCUCCAUAUGCCCAGGGUGCCUCCCAGAUUGCAUCUGCGUUGCCUCUAUUGGCAUCGUAUUUCAUGGGCACCACACUGAAAAGAGAGCUAUCGGGCAGCGUGUCGCCCUUGUCCAAUAUUCCAUCAGGCUUUCGCAAUCAAUCAUUCGACUCGGUGAGCCACUCUGGCCGCCGUAUCGUCGUUGUCGACAAUGAGGCCUUGACGAAACAGCCCUUCAUUUGUUCCUGGUCCAAACCUCGCUACGGGAGGCAGACGGGACUUGACAAUGGCAACAUGGCCGCAUUUCCCGAUGCCAACGCUGCAAAUGUAACCGCACGAUACAACGAGUUGAGCAAUGCUCUACGGCUAGGUGUCUUGCCAGGGCAGCAAAGCUACGGGAUUGCCAUCAAAUCGUGCACCGUCCGUACCGUGAGGCCCCUGGAUCGGUCGCUCUCGCCAUGGUACGAAGCCACAGUUCACGCGUCGCUCAAUGGCAAUCGUCUCUUGAUGCAAAUAGCCACCGAGAGCAGUGACAUUAGCCAAGGCGGUAUUAGCCAAGCAGCCAAGGGAGUAAGGGUCAUGUGCCACGUCCCUCAACUGGGGACUUGGACGGACAUGACUUGUUUCAGCAUUCUCUCGUAUUUUGAACACAUUCGGGAGGAGACGGUGGGAGCGUCGAGCGAAAAGCGCAGACACAUCAAUGCCCCCAUGCCAUGCAAGGUGCUCUCCGUUUUGAGAGAUGCUGCGCAAACGGUGGAAUCAGGCGACAAGGUCAUGGUAGUGGAGAGCAUGAAGAUGGAAAUCAACAUUUUUGCGUCCGUCGAGGGCGUGUUUAGACCCAUGGUGAGCGAGGGAGAUGCUGUGGACGAGGGGAGAGCCCUCUGUGUGAUUGAGUAG